AGGGACCAAGCAGUAGGCAGCCCCCUCUAUAUAUUUAUGCGAUUGGGGCCAGCUUUUGGUCAUUGGGAAAGGCUUGCUUGUCCUCCCAUCUCUUCGGCGGCGGCGGCGGCGGAGGGGGGCACCACCAGGUGGUGGACGGGAAGCUGAUCCAGACGUUCCACAAGAGCUUCGUACAGGUGCAGAGCAUCCUGGACCAGAACCGGAUGCUCAUCUCCGAGAUCAACCAGAACCACGAGUCCCGGGCGCCGGACAGCCUCACCCGCAACGUCGGCCUCAUCCGGGAGCUCAACAACAACAUCCGCCGCGUCGUCGGCCUCUACGCCGACCUCUCUGCCUCCUUCGCGCACCGUGGCGCCGCCAUGGACGGCGGCUCCUCGGAGGGCGACUCCUCGGGCACGCUGCGCUCCUCCGAUGCCGCCGGCCGCGCCGCCGCCGCCGGACAGAAGCGCGUCCGGCCCGGCUAGCUUGGCCCGACCGGAUGGUACUUGGCAUCGCCAUGGAUGCUGUGUAGCAGCUAGCGAGGAAGGAUGUGAGUUACUGAUGAGAUGUUUGCUACUCCUACUUACUACUAGUACUAGGCUAGUUCUUCCUUGCUUAACUUCUUGCCGUGCUUCUUCUUCUUCUUUGCCGCAAAGUGCUUCUUCAACCCUGAUGGUGAGAAAAAAAAAUAACUUUUCUGUACAAGUCCAUGUGACGAUGAGCAAAAAACACCAGUUCUUGAUAAUCUGCAGCCUUACUACAUGUAGAAUCUAGUCACCUGGCUGAUCUCAGGUAUGCCAGCCAGGUAUACAGUUAAUCUGAGAGAUCUGGGAGUUCUUGAGUAGUA